CCUGUUUUAGGGACUCUCUCUCUCUCUCUCUCUCUCUCGUUUUUCGCAUACUCAUCGUCCCCAUUCCUGUGUCAUUGUCCUUCAACAACACUCCACAAAACGGGCAGAAAGAAGGGGAGCGAAACCCAUCUCUAAGUGCGCCAACGCUACAAAGAAAAGCUUGAUAUCAUUCCAUUCCACCCUGCUCUCUCUCUCUCUCUCUCUCUCUCUAGCCAGGCUUUUGCUUUCUUGCUCUCUUGACACCUUCUUCUCUUGGGAAGGUUUAUGCCGCUCUUUAGUCCUUCAGGUUUCGAGUCUCGCGUUGUUUGGCUCUCUGUUUCUUCGAAGUGGGUGCUUCUAAGUUGUGCUUCUUCGUGGCUCUCAAGGUUCAAUUUUGCACCUUUUCCUUGGUUUCCAACAGUCUGAGCACCUCCAUCUUGUCCAUCUUCAUGCAAGGCUUGGUAGUCUGGUUCAACACUUGGAAGUUUCAAGGGAAGAAUUUCUAUCUGGGUGCAGAAUUUGAAGUAACAGACUGUUCCUUUCUGUCCACUCCCAACUGGUAAAACCCAAAACACUAGACGCAUGGAGGGAGUUUCAAGAAAUGGGGAGGCUCCUCAGCUGCUAGAUUUCAUAGCAAAGGAGAGAGAGUGGCUCAUGAAGAGACUCCAAGAGCAAAGCCAUGGCCCUCCUCCUCCUCCUGAGGACAAGGCGCUCGAGCUCAGGCUCGGCCCUCCUGGUGACGAAGACCGGUCCAACAUAGACUUCACCAAGAACUGCGAUUUACAAAAGGACGAGUCUCCUCUCUCUCUUGGCUACUUCAACGGUAGAAAUCAAGCUCAAGCACAGAACUUUGCUCCAUAUCUCCAGUUCUCACCCUCAAUCUCUCAGACCCAACUGCCUGUUUUGGCGAAGGAUUCAUCUUCUGACACGGUGGACUUGCAGAACAAUAAUGAUACAGAGAAAAAGAAAGCACUUCCACCAGCUUCUGCUGCUGCAAAUACAGCUGUGCCUGACAGCUCUCAGAAAAGGACUGCUCCAGCUCCAGUUGUUGGGUGGCCGCCACUGCGAACGUUCAGGAAAAAUCUCGCUAGCAGCGACGACCAUGGCAAACCAGCCCCUAAGACUCAUCAGAAUGCGGUCUCGAGCAAAAUAGUCAGUGAAAGGAGUGGAAAAGGCUUGUUUGUGAAGAUGAACAUGGACGGUGUCCCCAUUGGCAGGAAAGUGGAUCUCAAUGUCUAUGACAGUUACCAAAAACUGUCUGCCGCUGUCGAUGAACUCUUCCGAGGCCUUCUUGCAGCACAGAGAGAUUCCUCUGGCCGUGGAAUCAAGAGCAUGCCAGACGAAGAGAAGUCGAUUACAGGUUUACUCGAUGGAAGAGGGGAAUAUACUCUCGUUUAUGAGGACCACGAAGGAGACAGGAUGCUCGUUGGCGAUGUCCCUUGGCAUAUGUUCGUAUCGACUGUGAAGAGACUGCGUGUUCUGAAGAGUUCUGAGAUUUCUGUGCUCGGCGCUGGUGGACAGAAGCAAGACAAGAUGCCGUCGGAUUCUGCUAUGCAAUGAGCAGACUCUUGAGAGGGAAUUUUUCGCAUCAAAAAAGGGAUUUAGUUCGGAUUCUUACUUAAUACUGAACUGCAUAUUACGAUUGAUGGAGUAUCGAUAUCCUUAUCUUAUCGUACUGCUUAUAAUUUCACCCUUUUUGUGAGGACGAAUUCGAUUGUGUCCGAACACUUCUUGUGUUACUCGGCCUCAUGUAGGAAAUGCAUUUUUCAGAGCUGC